AUGAAAGUUAAUGCUACUUUGACUCUGCUGCUGCUUGGCCUGGCAGUUGCAUCGCCUUCCUUGGAACCCAACGGUGAAGAGAGUCUUCAGAGUAUGUCUCAUUCUCUCAUCUCAGGAUAUAUCGUACACAAUGCCAUGGAAAAGAUGGAAAACGCUGCCACCCAGACCACAAGAAACAAAAUGGUUGUUGCCAGGAUUUUAAAUGGGUCUGUUGGGAUUAUGACCCUAACUGCCAUGACUGGGAUUGGAACCGGUGCGAGUGCCCUUCUAAAGACCAUCACUGUCACCCAGACCAUUGGCACGACCACGGCCGUUGCCGGUGUGAUAGGGGCUGGUGGUGCGAUAAUCAUGAUCCUCACUGUGACUGGGAUUGGGGAAGUUGAUGGAUGUGAGUAA